GCUACCUGUCUGUGAAGCCAUCUUCCUAGGAUUUAUCCAUGGCUCAUAGAUUAGGACCUUAAACUGCCAUAAAUCUCUUUUACAACAUGUUUGGCUUCUCGGUAGCAUCCUCGAUAUAAAUAGGAUCCGAGCACACAAGGUGCUGCUCCAAAUCGUACCGGGUGCUUAGCUCUGAGGCAGACUUCAGUGACUAUUGUAUAUUUAUCAUUUUCUCCCCUCGUUCCAUGUGUAUGCAUGCAUGUGUGGUGCAUACGUAAAGUAGAAGCUCACCCCAGAUAUCAAAAUGAACUACUGCAUUCAGGAAAUGUAUGAAAUGCCCCAGUGCUCUUCUAACUCCUUCUGCAUGCAGCCCACUGAUUAUUGCACUUAUAUAGAAGAUAGUGAGAACUACAGUUCUUGUGAGGCUUAUGUCCUACACAACAAUAAUAUAUAUAUGGAUCAGGCCUGGGCGGUGAAUCAGGCUUAUAACUCUAGUUACCCUGGAAACAUGUUUAAAAGCGAGUACUCAGAAAUGGACAUGGCCCUGAAUUCAUACAACCAACCUGAGUAUUUCUCGGAGGAAAAAGCAACUUUUUCACAGGGGCAGUCUCCGAUGUUCUCACAGAAAAAAGGGUACAUACCCAGCUACUUAGAUAAAGAUGAACUGUGUGUUGUGUGUGGAGACAAGGCUACAGGAUAUCAUUAUAGAUGCAUCACCUGUGAAGGCUGCAAGGGCUUUUUCAGAAGAACAAUUCAGAAGAACCUUCAUCCCAGCUAUUCAUGUAAAUAUGAAGGAAAAUGUGUGAUAGACAAAGUAACAAGAAAUCAGUGCCAAGAAUGUCGAUUCAAAAAGUGCAUUGCCGUUGGCAUGGCAACAGAUCUGGUUUUGGAUGACAGCAAACGUUUGGCAAAAAGAAAGCUCAUAGAAGAAAACAGAGAAAAGAGGCGCAAGGAUGAACUGCAAAAAUCACUGGUACAGAAGCCUGAACCAACGGCAGAAGAGUGGGAGCUCAUACAGGUGGUCGCUGAAGCUCAUGUGGCCACUAACGCACAGGGAAGUCACUGGAAACAGAAAAGAAAAUUUCUGCCAGAAGAUAUUGGGCAGGCUCCUAUAGUUAAUGCUCCAGAGGGUGGAAAGGUCGACUUAGAAGCCUUCAGCCAGUUUACAAAAAUAAUCACCCCAGCAAUUACAAGAGUGGUGGAUUUUGCCAAAAAAUUACCUAUGUUUUGCGAGUUGCCAUGUGAAGACCAGAUCAUCCUCCUCAAGGGCUGCUGCAUGGAGAUAAUGUCACUCCGAGCCGCAGUGAGAUAUGACCCAGAGAGUGAAACAUUAACACUGAAUGGGGAGAUGGCAGUCACAAGAGGACAGCUGAAAAAUGGAGGACUAGGGGUGGUAUCUGAUGCCAUCUUUGAUUUAGGCGUAUCGCUGUCCUCAUUUAAUCUUGAUGAUACCGAAGUCGCCUUGCUGCAGGCUGUGCUGCUUAUGUCAUCAGAUCGCCCUGGUCUCUCCAGUGUGGCAAGAAUAGAAAAGUGUCAAGAAGGUUUCCUCUUGGCAUUUGAACACUACAUUAAUUACAGGAAACACAACAUUGCACACUUUUGGCCAAAACUGCUGAUGAAAGUCACCGACCUCCGCAUGAUUGGAGCCUGCCAUGCCAGCCGGUUCCUGCACAUGAAAGUGGAGUGCCCCACUGAACUGUUUCCACCACUGUUCUUGGAAGUGUUUGAGGAUUAGAAGAGACUGUGCUUCUGGUUUCUCGUCACUACUGGGGUCUCCCCUUCCAUUCCAUUGCCUCCGUCACUUUUUUUGUUCUCGUCCGUUCUGAAUAGACAUGGAUGAAAAUGUUCCUCUAAUGCGGGUACUCGUGACUAUCGUAUUUUUUGUUAUUCUGUCCUUUUGAUGUGAAGUUUAUCCGUGGACAUUUAACCCCUUUCGCGCUGAAGUGGCUGUCAAGACAUUAUUCAUCCGAGCUUUUGACAGUCCUUCCAGUUCUUAAGUGGUUAUUGGAAAAAAGAAAAUGUACAAAAAAAAAAAGAGAAAAAUUUAUAUUAACUUGCAUUCACCAGCACUACGGAUCCUACACAGAAAAGGUAUUCUCAGAUAUUGUGCCUGCGGCUAUAAACCCUACUGACCAUCUCCCAUGGUGAUCACUUAUUUGUGCAAUGUGGGGCAGUUCUAAUCUUUCACAGCUGCAUAUGCACCGUUUCCUCCUAGAACAAGGCAGAUAUUUGAUUUUAUCAUUAGAUGAUAUUUUUUUAAAUUAUUUUUUUUUUAAACAAAUGAGAACGCCCCUUUUUUGGCACAGACUGUGCCCAAGGAUGGGGAUAAAUUGGUAGCAUGUUUUUGAAUUGGUUUGUAAAAGAGAAUUUAGCCUGGUAAAACCCUAAAAAAUUCUACCUUUAUACUUCAGAAAAUUAUAAUCCUGAAAGAAUGUAUUUUUUUACUCUAACUCCUCUUUUCCAAAACCCUCUUUUAUUUUUUUUAUUAUGGAAAGAAACAAGCUAAGCUGACUUGGAUGUUAAAAUAUGACAUUACAUUGCUCACUCUUGGUUAUAUAGUUGGUGUUAAUAGGAUGACUGUACAGAACUAGUUCCUUGAUUCUGCACAUUCCCUUCUCAGGUAUUUGAAAGUAAACCUCUAGGAAUUCCAUUAUUGUCUCACCGUUUUCUGGUCCCCUUACUUUUGCAUGACGAUAUGAACUGUGCCACAAGUCACAUGAUGAUCACUUGGCACUUUAGAAAUUGGUAACCUCACACUGUCGUAAUACCAGGCCAUACGAGGAUGACAUUUGAACUCCUGAACUGUGAUAUAUCCAUAUACUCUAUUGUACUACCUCCUUCAUUACCCAUACUCUAACAGUGCCUAGCAGAGAAGCAGUUACUUAGGGCAUGUUCAGAUCUGCUUCAGUGCCAGAAAGCAAGACUAUCCACAUUACACAUUCAGGGCUCUAGUUCAUGCCAGAUUAUAUAUUUUGCCAGACAUAUUUUUCUAUUAUAAAAUGAACAUAUAAAAUAAAAAUGGAUACAUAAUAGCUACCCAGCUACUGGCAGCAAAACCAAAACCAAUAACAUAGUAUAUAUGUUGUAUUCAAUUUUGCAUAUUCUUGUGCAUAUUUUGCAUGGUAGUAUAGUAUUUUCAGGUGAGAUACUUUAAAGUAAACUGCGUGUAUGUGUCUAACAUUCUAUUUUAUAUUAACCUAAAGCCCCCACGUCUGGUCAUUGAAAGCCAGAGAGGAUAGCCAUGUGCCUUUACACAUCACCUGACAAGCCAGAAACCUCCGUUAGAUAUAAGUAUCUAUGUUUUUUAUCAUUGUUUACACACAUGACAUAUGUUCUAGCCUGAUAUAGUGAUACAUUCACUAAUUCUAGUACAUAUAUUACAUUUUGAGAUACGUUUGUGCUUACACAAAGAAUAGUGUGAGAAAACUAUUGCAUUUCACAUUCAAUUUAUUGUAAAACAUAAAAGGUUAUAUAUGUCUAGGCGAGAAGGUGUUGAAGAGGAGGCUUUUUAUUGAUAUAUGAAAAGCAAUGGCUUCUCCAUAGGUAGCUGACUAUAAAUCAGAUGCUUUUUUUUUCAAUUAUUUGUAUUUAAUCACCUCUUUUCAAUGUGUAUUCAAAUUUAUAUUUUAAAUAAUAUGUUCCCGGAUAAUUUAUUUCUGGCCUCUUGCUGAUUACUUUUCCCAUACUGAACUCCUUAAUUGAGAUUAUUUUGGCUGGUGGAUAGUUUUUGGAGAAAUGAGGUGGAACCGCCUGUUAGUACAAAGCAAAUUUUUCACACUUAUUACUAUUGACAACCAUGUUUGUUGGUAGAAUACCUGUGGCACCAUGGGGCGCUGGCAGAGAAGGAGAGGGAUUGUGCAGAUACAAAUGUUGCUGGUGCUGGGAGAUCUGGGACUUCCCUGGUGCUAAAAAUGCCAAUGCUGUGCACUGUGCCCAAACGAAUAAAUGUUACUAUAUAGUUAUUAUCUGUAUAUCUAGAAAUUUGGGCCACUUUACCCAUAUAGAAAUUAUUUCAGAUGUGUAGCGCUCUCAAAAGCUUAUCCAUAAAGAAAAUGAUUUUGAUAUGUGGCGCUUUCAAAAGCAGGGGUUCUGGUGUGGGGUCCCUCCAAACUCUCUUUAGUGCUGGACUAUUUUUAGAGACUUCUGAAACUGACACUAUUUUUACAUUUUUAGAAGCACAAUUAAAAGACUGUGUACAUAGUUUAUAUUUUGUGCCUAUGUUCAUUUUGGAGAUUUCCCCAAAUAUGUUCGGCGACAUAGAUUGGGGAAGGCAUGUCACACGCUCUCUGGGAAAGCCAUUGCUCUGAAUAUAUACUUUCUCUGCUUUAGGAAUUGGUCUAUGUCGGCAUAUAGAGAUCAUAUACUAAAUGUAUACAGUUGAUGUAGACUUUAACGUGUAAAUAGUUGAACACAGCAGGGUCUCCACUUUAGUAAGUCUUCAAUGGAAUAUUAUUCACACUGCAAACCCACCCUCCUAUUGUUUCAGUCAAUACUGGGUAUCAGAGAAUUAUGAAGGAUCUUCAGUCCUUUCCUAUAGCCGGCUCCAUUGCACCAUGUUUGAUUCUUGGAUGGGUGAUUCAUUUUUACAGAGGAUUUAAGCAACUGAUAGAAAAUAUUUUACACUGUCAAAUAUUAUCUAGGUCUUAUAACGCCAUAUUACAUGAGAGAUUUGCAGACAUUAAUUCUAAAAUCAUAUCUAAUAUCAAGUAAAUAUGUUAUGCAAUCCAAUGGAAGAAAUUAUUUGCUGCAGGGCUGAAGUCUUGUUGACUGAAUAAGGUAUCUUAGACAUGUAUGGCACAUCAAUAGAACUGACAGGACCUCUGGGACCUGCACCUAUCUUUAAAACUAUGGUCCCUUGACCCACCUGGUGAGGCACUCCCUGGCCAGAGAGUGAAUGAAAGGCUGAUGUGCACGAAUCACUCCAUUCACUUCUACGUAAGCACUGGCUUGGCUGUUUUUCCAUGUGGCCUCCUCACCAGGCAUGACGACAUUAGAGGUGGAUACGCCAUGAAUGUCUAAGAUUGGAAUAUCCAUUUAAGCAAAAACUAAAUGUAAACCAUGUUAGGACCUUUGCAAAACAUUUAAACUAACACAUCCAAGAUGAUCUUCUAAUACAGAGUUAUGGUUAUGCAUACAGUAAAGCAGUAUGCAUGGACCAUGCACCCAUGUUACAGAGCUGUGGGUGCUUUGUGUGGAAGCAUAUGGUGUCUUCCUGAUGCACAUACUCUUCUCUACGAUUGGGGACAGAAAUAUCAUAUAUGCAAUCUCUGCAGCUGUAUUGGGCCUACUCAAUAAAAUACUUCUAUUGGAUAUUGCUGUAAUACGGCAUGUGAUUGGACAGGCUAUGAUUUUUAUUCUUAUAGAUUCUGUACGUAUCAGUGAGAAUAACCACCAUACCCUAUUGAGGGCGCACAGAGGUACAGCACAGGCCUACAGCAGGCUAUUGGUCCAAUAUUACAUAUCUGUAGCACAUAGUAUGUAAUAUGGCCGUUUGCAUGGACCCUAAUAGUGUGGCUAGUUAGCAUGCACAGUGAGAAAAGACUACUUGUAGCAUGGACAAUAUAUGUGUCACAUUUAGAAACAAACCAGCAUUUAUUUGGAAUGUUACAAUUGGUAUUUGUGUAUGGAGUGCUAUAACGAUAAAAACUUUUUAUUAUAAAAACAUAAACUUGAAUGUUUCCAGGGACUGGUAAAGCAGAAAAAAUAUAUAAGUAAAAAAAAAUUCUAUACAAUAUACCUACUAUGCAUCCUGUGCAAAUAUUAAUUCAAAAGAGGUAAGCUUUAGAUUGUACGCUAGUGGAAUAGAUAUCUAUUGUCACUGAAGACAAUCAUCACAUGAUCUUCAUUCAGGACCUAUGCACUAAAGCUAGACUGCAUUCUUACUAUACCAAAAAACUGUUUGUUUCCCUAGAACCAGCUUCAGUCUUAGGCCUCAUGCACAUGACCGUAUCUGUUUUGUGGUCCGCAGACCAUGGGUCUGCAAAACACAGAUACCAGCGGUGUAAGUCCCGCAAUUUCCCAUCCCACAUGUCCCACCCUAUUGUAAAAAUACAGAUUCUUGUCUACAAAAUGGACAAAAAUAGGGCGAUCUAUUUUUAUUUUAUUUUUUUGCAGGACAGACAUGUAGCCGCACUUAUGCGGACAGCAUACGGAUGAGCCAUGGACCGAGAAAUUACGGUCGUGUACAUUAGGUGGUGUUCAGUGGUUAUAACUGGUAUUGCUCAUUACCACCACUGAGCUUAAUGGGACUCAGCUGCAAAACAUGUAUAUUAUUGUGGAGUGGGAUCUUUCUCAAGCUCCUGCUACUAGUCAUCUUCAUACCAGACACUUUGAGAAGGUGGUUAUUUUGGGAAAAACAAACCCCUUUUUGUAGUCCCAGACUGCGACUCCACUUUUAACCCAAAACGUUGCACUUAUUACUAUUGUAAAAUCCAAUUCUAAACGUCACACAAUUAUGAGCAUGGAAAUUUGGCUAAAUUGUAAUUUCAGAGCACAUAAAAAUGUUACAGUGUACAUUGUCCAUAGCUUGUCAAUGUAUGUUGCCAUAAGCCUAAAAUCACACAUGCAGUUUUGAUGCCAGAUGUGGAUCCAGCAGGAAUUUUUCUUUAGAUUUCUUGACAAAUUUGAAUCCACAUCUGGUUUUGGCUACAAAAACUGCAUAUAUGAUUCCAGCCAUAGAAAACCAUUACUUGACGACUCCUGUGUGUAUAGUCCAAAAGCGACACAAAAAACAAUGCAGACACCGUCACAGUCCAAAAGGCAGAUAGCAGUGAUCUUGUAAACUAGCACUUAUAGUAGAUAGAGUUCCUGAACUGCGCUGUUGUUGCACAGAAUGUCUUAUAUGUAAGAGGCUUGGUACAGGGUUUUAUAGACUUAGAUUUUAUGAAGAACGUUUGUUUCCUUAUGGAUAAUGUCCAUCAAGGACUUUUGUCCAUUUUCAGAUUUCACAAUGAUGUACCGUAGUAAAUGUUCCGUAUGGUACAUCUAGAGAUAUACAUGAGCCACCUCUAUUUACUUACUUUUUAACAGUUUCACUAUGUCAAUGUGUUUCAGGGUUUAGGGUGGUUCCGCACAUUGUUUUUCUUUUUCUUUUUUUUUUUUAAAAAGCCCCCAUUUUCGUGGCUGUAUGGAAUCGAAAGUGGAAUCGAAAGGAAUGGGAGCGAUCAAGGAAGGACUUUUCAUUCCUACUGGAUUCACUUCUGGUGUUGGCUCAAAAACUGUAUCAAAACUGACACAAAAACAGUGAAUACUUUUUUUUAAAGUAUACAUAUGUGAAACCACCCUUCAAGGUUUUUUUUUUUUUUUUCUUCUAAAUGUUAACCGUUCCAGCAUGUAAAGCGUACAAUCUUUCUCACUGGCUUUUUACACUCAUGUGGUCUAUUUCUACAUAUGCUGAUCAAAAGAGCAAAGCCUAUGAACACACCGGGGCAGAUUUACUUGUGCCUGAAUUCUUGCUAAAACUGAACCUGAAUCCUGCACACAUGUAGUGAGCUAUAUUAACUAAGUGUCUUAGACACAUUUUGUGCCUCACUUGGCAACUAGGCCUGGCUCAGAAGGAAAGUGUUACAGCUUAAAGGGGGCAAGGAUUAAGUUGUGACUCUGUGCACAUUAAUUUUGGUGGGAAAUUCUGGCACAAAGUAAAUCAACUAAUUGAUGGUAAAAGUUUAGACUAAAAUGUCUAAAGAUGCAUAAAAUGUAUCAUCCAGAAUCAGCUACUAUGAUAAAUUUUGCACAGUUUGAUUGUGUACAGUAGUCUAAAUUUACACAGUAUUAGUAAAUCUGCCCCAGUGUGCACAUUUAUGUGGGCAACAGGUCCACUGUUUGGACAUGAUUGUGUCUCUAUAGCUUGAUCUUUGGGGACAGUGAAUAGCAACAGGCGGUAAAUAGGAAAGUUUAAUCACUUUUUGUACAAAAAUUAAUAUCUAAAAUAGAGAAGCCCUUUACCUGUCUGUACAAGCUGAGUUGGAUUUACUGAAUCAUCAGGCAUGAUAGGUAGGUGCCAACAGACAGAUUUCGGAGCAGCUCAUGUCUUGCAGAGGAUGCAUGUCUUUCUUUUGUUGGCAAGAAAUUGAAUUCAUGUUAUAUUUAUAUGAGAUGAGAUGGAAUGUGUGUUUUUUUUUUUUUUUCAAAAUUGACUAGGAAAGCUACAAAAUAUUCUGUCUGUGAAAAUAAUACAGCUACUUGAUGGGGUGUACCUCAAAGCUCCGUGGCAUAAAUCCAGUCUUGGUAUAAGCCAUGUGGCUCAUUUAUCCUAGUAAGCAGCAGUUGUCACUUCAUAGUUGUUGCCACCCAAUGAACCUGCCCUAUUGGUUGUUCUACAGUGUGGCAGCAAUAAAGUGAAUUUGUAAUGUUUCUUAUAUUCAGUUUUCAAUAACGGAUUACCAGAUUUUUUUUUUUUUGUUAACGAAUUUACUAGUCAUUUCUUGUGAAUGCCGUUUAUGUAAAUGAUUUGUAUUGCAAAACUGAAAAUAAAAGCUAUUCUUCAUUAUUAAACAACCAUGUCCUACAGUCAUAUCUUUGACAUGUCCAGAUUAGAACAAAACUAUUCUUCUAGAAUAGCCAGUGCAAAAUAGGCAUGUGGAGAGCUUAAACAUGGAGGGUCUUGUUCUGGUGGCCCUGGAAAAAAACCUAAAAGUGGCCCCAAUGUUGUAGGUUUGUCCAAAUUAACAGAAGGUGGGGCAACACAAGUAGAUAGGGCCGAUACAAGUUGGUAGGGUUAGUAGUACCGUAGUGCAGCACAGAAUACCAUCCUGCUGAACUAAUUACCACAGUGCAACACAAAAUACCUCCCACAAGCUGUCCCUCUGUGGUGGCCAUCAAUAGCUGCCAAGUUCUGUCCUCCAAUUGUCUCUAGGGCUUAGGAGGUGAGAUGUGGGCUACGACACCAAGCCAGCCUAUGUUCAGCAUGCUGCCUAAACUUCCUCUAAUAAUGAUCUCUAUAGUUCUCCUAGUUUUAUAUACCUGGCCAGUGGCAGUGAGAAGAGCUUGGGUGGCCCUAUGGGGCAUCAACGCUCCGGAAAAGUUCUUUAUGGGGUCUAUGGCCAGUCGGCCCUUGGAUUAACCAUUAGGGUGCUGUUGGAUUGAUGUCUACAGCAAAAAAUUUCCACCGAUACAGGUGAAAACUGGUUCUGAAAAUUAUAUUUAGUACCAUAUUUUGCAUCAUCAACUGAAGGAACCAUCUCUCAGUAGAGCUUUAAAACCUAUUAUAUUACAUUUAACAGUGAUCGUCAUAAGUGAUGAUACACUCAUUGUAUAAAAAAAGGAAGUUGUAAUUGUGUUGUGUGUGUUCAGAUUAUAUAUGAUAAUCCAGGUCUGUUCCGAGGUGUUGGUACACAUUUCUCAUUCACAUUUACGUAAAUUGUAUCUAUCUGUAUUGUGGAGUGGAUGCACAAUAUGGAACCUAGAUCCAACAAUUCAACAUAUCGGCUGCAGUACAGGUCCAUACCGCAUAGUGUACUGUGGCCAUGUUUACAUAUGCAAAUAUGAAUCUUCACACGUUUGUAUUACCAUUUACUUAUAGACCAAAACUGUGAGUAGGUAGACUCAGUGAACAGGGUUGUAGGUGGAUUACGUGUUUAGGUGGGCACUUUAUGCUUUUUAUCGUGAGAUAAAAUAAUUCAUGUGUUUCAUAAUUCUUUGUUAUAAUGUCUUUAAAAUAUUCACUUGCCUUAAACAGUACACCAAAUAAAAUCUCUAAAACUGCUACACAUUCAGGUACAAAUAAUAAAAAUAUAUUUCCAGAUGAUGCUAUAAUUGCCGUAGAUGUAAGCCAUUAUUUCUUGAAAUUCAUUUUGUAUCCAUCAGAACAGUGAGUCAUUGCCAUUUGUGAAUAGAAGAUAGAUUAUUGUCACUGGUUUUUAUACAUGUGAAAUUUAAAUCAAUGCAGUUUCUAAGCUAAAAUCACUACUGGUAUUUAAUAUGAAACAUCCAGGGAGGAUAUUUCUAUUAUAUGACAAUACAUUAUGGUUUUAAAGCAUGUUUCCAAACUAUAAAUGAUUACACAAUCAUGUGAUUAUUACAAUGCCUAUAUACCGCAAUCCUAAUACACUACAGGACAGUUCAGACACACUCAGGAGUUCAAAUGCCAACCUCAUGACUAUUAAAUGCAUGCCUCACCCUCAGAGGACUUUAUUUAUUGGUGUACUCUCUUUUUUAAACUUCACCAAAUACAUCUUGCUUCCAUCUAUAUUGGCCAGUGUCUUAUAGUAACACUUGUCAUCUUGAACUAAAGCUGAUCUGCAUAGAAUACUAUUUAAUGCACAGAAUAUAGUACGGCUUUGUCUUCUAGGUUACAGACAGUGCACACAGAUGAUAUAUGGUGUGAAGACUUGGCUGAAAAGCACAAAAUUGAUCAUUAAAGGGGUUGUAUACGAUGAAAAACUACUUUUCCUCCAGCAACAGAACCACUUUUGCCCAUCAGUUGUGUCUUAUAUUACAGCUCAACCCUAUUUAAAGGGGUUGUCUCAUCAUGGACAAUGGGGGCAUAUCGGUAGGAUAUGCCCCCAUUGUCUUAUAGGUGGGGGUCCCCCCGCUGGUAUCUGCAUCUAUAUCGAGAAUGGAGCCCGGCAAGUGAAGGAAGGCGCACUGCGCAUGCGCAGCCGCCCUCCAU